GGGUGGGGGGAAAUCUUCACUUUUCCACCUCUGGAGAGAAAAGCAGAAGGGGAGGGGUGAAGGAGCUGAAAAGCCCAGUGAGCUGAGUUCUUCUGGAGGUGUCUCCAGCUCUAAGGAUCCCUCCAGUUUGCUUUGCUGCAGAGAUCGGAAGCAGCUUAUUUCUGUCUCUCCCAUUCCCUGCUUGUGCCUUCUUGGAACAUAGAAAGAAAGAAAGGGGGGAGUUCUGAAGAACGGGAAAGUUGGAGCUGACAGUUGCCAUAUUCGACGGUGACGUAGGCUGCAGGCUUGCUCGCUUGCUUGCUGGGGACACAGUUUCUCACAUGCUUCUUGGAAACAUGGCCAGCUGCGUGUAGCACCUCCAGCAGGUGCAAGACCACCGACCUUGACACACAAUGUGGAAGUCCCUGUUUUCCGCUUUGUACCUGCUUGGCCUCUUCCUUGAGAGCUGCAGAGGAGGGAAGCUGCUGGUGUUUUCAGAAGGGGAGAACUGCCCACUGAUGCAGAAGGAAGGUCUCCGGCUGGAUCAGAGCAGCAAUGAAUUCGUAAAUAUAACUGGAUUUAAUCUAAUUAAAAGGUUUGCUCUCCUGAAGACCUCGUCCAUCAAGAAAAUCCGCAAUCCCAAAGGCCCGAUGAUCCUCCGAUUAGGCAAUGCCUCUGUGGUCCGUCCGACGGAACAGCUGUUCCCCCGGGGCUUGCCAGAUGAAUUCACUUUGAUCGUCACGCUACUCUUGAAGAAGCAGACCACCAAAGAGAACUGGUAUCUCUUCCAUAUCACUGACCCUCAGGGAUACCCCCAGCUCUCCCUGGCGGUCAACAGCAAAGAGCGAAAUCUGGAGUUCCAAGCCAAGGAUCCUCAUGGGGAGCCGAUCAGCAUAGUCUUUGCUGGCAAAGGCAUCACCUCCCUUUUUGACUUGAAGUGGCACAAGAUGGCCAUCAGCGUUCAAGCCCAGGUGGUCUCAGUCCACGUCGACUGCAGUUACAUCUCAUCUAAGCCCUUGCAGCUCCAUCAGCGGCUGGUCAGCGAAGGCAAUGCGUUUGUGGGACUGGACACGGUGCGGGGCAUGCCGGUGAUGUUUGACAUUCAGCAGCUGCACAUUUAUUGUGACCCAGCCAUGGCAAUGCACGAGGGAUGUUGCGAGAUCUCUGACAAUGGGUGUUUUCCAGAAGCCUCUAAAACCCGUCGGGAUGUGGAAGUCAUGGAGAACAAUGACUUGAUUGAGAUCAACCCCCAGACGGAAGGCAAGGUUUACACUCGCUGUUUCUGCCUAGAAGAACCUCAAAGCAAGCAGGAGGUGAGAUCCUCUAGGAAGGUUGCUGUGAAAGGAGAUCAAGGAGAGAAGUGUCCUCCAUGUCAGCAGAGGUCACCAUAUGCAAAUGCUACCCUGGGUCCUCCUGGUCUGAAGGGUGGGAAAGGCGAACAGGGAACUCCCGGAGCGUACGGAUCCAAAGGAGAGAAAGGUGAUCGUGGUGCUGACUGUGUCCGGAUCUCACCUGAAGCUCCACUACAGUGUGCCGAAGGCCCAAAAGGGGAGAAGGGAGACCUAGGAGAAAAGGGGCUUCCAGGAUUGAUUGGAGCUCUCGGGCAGAAGGGGCAGAAGGGUGAGAAAGGUGACUUUGGACUUCAAGGCAGACCAGGCAGCCCUGGGAGAGAUGGCCGACCUGGAGAGAUUUGUGUGAUAGGGCCCAAAGGCCAGAAGGGUGAUCCAGGUUUUGUUGGCCCUGAAGGGCUUGCUGGCGAACCAGGACCCCCAGGGUUGCCAGGCCCAGCUGGGAUUGGCCUUCCAGGAAAACCAGGCAAUCCCGGUGGUCCCCCAGGUUUGAAAGGAGAGGAGGGGAGUUCAGGACCUCCAGGGGACAGUGGAGCCACUGGGAAGCCAGGCAAACCAGGGAACCCAGGCUUGAAAGGUGAAAAGGGUGAUCCGUGUGAAGUCUGCCCCAGUCUUUCUGAAGGAAACCUAAUCAGCCUCCCCGGGAAGCCAGGAUCCAAGGGGGAACAGGGACCACCUGGGAAACCAGGCAAAUCAGACAAACCUGGGCCUCCAGGAGCCAAAGGCAACAGGGGGGACCCUGGGAUUAAUGGCAUUAAAGGAGAAAAGGGUGAGACAUGUUUGUCAUGCAGCCCCAUCGUUUCUCCAUCUUCGUUGCAAGUUCCUGGGAAAAAAGGGGCUGAAGAAGCCGUUCCAUUGGCCGGGCUUCCUGGGCUUCCUGGAGACGAUGGAGCUGUGGGCAAACCUGGAACCCAGGGGAAUAAAGGGGACAGUGGAGGUGCAGGGGUCAAAGGCGAGAAGGGAGAACCGUGUGCGCCCUGCUCUGCUUCUCUAGAAGGCAGACAGGUUACAAUCACUGUACCGGGGCCUGCAGGGGAAAAAGGUGAACCAGGUCUCCCUGGGACUGGGCUUCCUGGAAAACAAGGGAUACCUGGAGAAGCUGGAAUGAAAGGCCAGAAGGGUGAUGCAGGAAGCCCAGGUGAUUCGGGCACACCUGGGGAAGCAGGUUUACCUGGCCUUUCUGGUGAGCCUGGCAUCAGAGGACCAGCAGGGGUGAAAGGUGAAAAGGGGGAUGCUUGUGAGUCGUGUCCCGUCAUCAACACAGACUUGUCUGGAGCAGUUGGUAUCCCAGGGAAACCUGGUCCAAAAGGGGACCCUGGUCUUCCAGGUGUGGGACAGCCAGGGAAACCUGGAAAAUCAGGACUCCCAGGUAUUCAGGGACCUCCUGGCUUGAAGGGGCUACAGGGGGAACCAGGCACCCCUGGUAUAGGAAUCCAAGGGCCAGAAGGAGAACCUGGGCAGAAAGGUUCACCAGGAAAUCCAGGGCCUCUAGGACCUCGUGGUCCAGCAGGAAAUGUUGGAGUAAAAGGUGCAAAGGGCUCACCGGGUCUUAAAGGCGCCACUGGUCCCCCUGGGCCUCCAGGUCCACGCAUUACUGGCCCACAGGGUCCAGAAGGCCAACGGGGCCUCCCAGGAGUUCCUGGCUCCAAUGGUUUAAUGGGUGAAAAAGGACCCAAAGGUGAGAAGGGAGAUUCUGGUGAAUGCACCUGCCAGCCCAGCUCUCGCCUGGACCCAAACAAUGUUGGUCUUCCGGGAGCUCCGGGACUGUGGAUCGGGACUUCCUGGCAGCCUCAGCCGGGGCCUCAGGGACCUCCAGGUGCUCCAGGACCACCAGGACCACCAGGAGCCCCUGGAAGACAGGGCAUCCCAGGACACAAUGGCUUGCCGGGACUGCCUGGGCCAACGGGUGAUGGGGGGCCACUAUCAGUAGAGGGCGUUCCUUCAUCAAAGAACAUCUGUGGAGACUGCAGCUUCCAAGGCCCUGGUGGAUUGAAAGGAGAAAAGGGGGAUCAGGGACAGCCUGGGGCUCCUGGCAUAGAUAAUUGUGCCCAGUGCCGCUCUGAGUUCCCUGCAGAAGAGCCUCAGCAUGAUAACAAUGAUCCAGAUUGUGUUGGAGGACUUCCUGGAAGCCCCGGCUAUCCUGGAGAGAGGGGUGAGCAGGGCCCACCAGGCUUACGAGGCUCGCCAGGCCCUCCUGGACCAGCUGGCCCCCCAGGUUUUCCUGGAAUGCCUGGCCCACCUGGAUUACCUGGACUCCAGGGUGAACGUGGGCUAGCUGGAUUCCCUGGAUCCAAGGGAGAACCUGGUCCUCCAGGUCAGCCUGGCUAUCCUGGAUCAGCAGGACCCCCUGGGCUCCCUGGCACUAAAGGGGAACGGGGCUAUGUUGGACCCCCAGGAGAGAAAGGAGAAUCGGGCCCCCCUGGCUUGGAUGGACCUGUAGGACCCGUAGGACCCGCGGGCCCCAGAGGUGAGCGAGGAUUGCCAGGCAGCUCAGGAGAAAAAGGUGACCAGGGUUUUCAAGGCCAGCCUGGUUUUCCAGGGGCACCGGGUCCUCCAGGCUUUCCAGGAAAAGCAGGACCCCCUGGACCUCAAGGACCCCCCGCAGAAAAAGGCAGCGAAGGGAUGCGUGGGGCUCCUGGCAUGGCUGGUCCCUCCGGGCCCCCAGGACAGCCUGGACUACAAGGUCCACCUGGCCUGGAGGGACAGGAUGGGAAGGACGGAAAACCAGGGUCACGGGGUGACUCAGGACCACCAGGACCUCCAGGAAUGACGGGAUCUCCAGGAUUCAAAGGGAAACCAGGUCAUCCUGGCCUGCCAGGACAGAAGGGUGAUUGUGGUAAACCAGGACCUUCCGGGAAUCCUGGCCGAUCUGGAGCUGAGGGAGAGCCAGGUCCAAUGGGGCCUCAAGGUAGACCAGGCCCGCCUGGACACUCUGGUCCACCUGGAAGCCCUGGCCAGCCUGGUCCAUCAGGUCUUGUUGGAGUUGGUCUGAAGGGUGACCGGGGACCUUCUGGAGAAAGAGGCAUCAGUGGGCUCCCAGGCCAGCCAGGAACACCAGGUCACCCAGGUCCGCCGGGUGAGCCAGGCUCAGAUGGACUGGCAGGCAAAGAGGGGUCUCCUGGAAAACCAGGUCCUCCUGGUCUUGCUGGACAGAAAGGGGACCAUGGCCCUCGAGGGGAGAUGGGGCACUCUGGAGAGAAAGGCAGAGCAGGGAUGCCAGGAGGCCCAGGAAAAAGCGGUGAAAUGGGCCCCAUGGGACCACGUGGGUCGCCUGGGGAGAGAGGACAGCCUGGUCCACCUGGUCCCGCGGGGAUCCCUGGGAACCCAGGAUUGCCAGGGACGUCGGGAGAUGUCAUCAGCUAUGACCAAAUCCGGAUGUUCAUCAGGGAGGAGUUGCACAAAAUGUUUGAUGAGCGGAUGCAGUACUACCAUUCCCGGAUGCCAGUCUCAACAGUAGAAUUUGCGUCCCAGCCAGGGAGACCUGGACCACCCGGAAAAGACGGGGUGGCGGGGCGGCCGGGGCCACCUGGUUCUCCAGGACUGCCUGGACAGAUUGGAAGGGAGGGCCGGCAAGGCCUGCCAGGCAUGAGAGGUGAGCCCGGAGUCAAAGGAGAAAAAGGAGACAAAGGGAAUGGAAUCAUGGGGGAGACUGGACCACCAGGCCCGCCAGGGAUCCAGGGGCCUCCCGGCUAUGGAAAAAUUGGUCUUCCUGGGCCCAUGGGGCAGCAGGGCAUUCCAGGCAUCCCAGGGCCCCCAGGCAUUACUGGCCCUCCUGGGAAAGUGGGUCACUGCAAUCCUUCAGACUGUUUCGGCAUGAUGCCCAGGGAGCAGCCCAUGUACCAGCCCAAGAGCAUGAAGGGGCCUUUAGGCUGAAGAGUUUUCUCCCCCACCCAAAAGGACUCCAUUUGGAAUAGCCAAAGAUCAAGUCUUCUUGACUAGCUGUGAUGAUGCUUGCAUUGUUGUUAAUAUUUUGACUAUAUUUUUCUCCAGUGGAGUUCAACCUCUUAUCAUGAUGGCAUUUUUUUAAAAAGAAUUACCAGGAUAUCUGUUUCUGUGUGUGAGAGAGAAAGAGAGAGAGAGGAUUUCUGUGUGUGAAUGUCUCCAUAUUCCGACUGAAUUUUAUACAUGGUCAGCAAAAUACACGCCAAAACAAAACUUCAACCUUUCCCUUGUUUAUGGGAAGAUCCUGUACAUUCUUUUCAUGCCUCAUUGGGAAUUAUUAUUAUUAUUUCCACAAUGUAGACAGAAUCUGUUGAAAAAAUCAAAAAAAUAUGCAAAGUGGGAGCAAGAAAGGGGAUGCUAUGGUUAAACUCCAGUUUCUGUCGGACUUUUCCUUUUGGCAUGAGUUAUAAUGGAAAUCUGGAAGGUGAGAGAUGAAAACUUCCAAAAUGGAAUUGAUAGGAACAAAACUGCAUGUCUUUGUCCUAUUAAUCUUCCAGAUCUGUCUGGAAUCUAACCAGCAGGGCCAUUGCAACGCAGGAAGUUGUCAUCUAACAUAUCUAGACAGCCCAAGAUGGGAAAGGCUGCCCCAUCUAGUAUUUACACACCUCUCUUGGAUCAAACUGCACAAGUAAAUACAGUGGGAUUUACUUCUAGUAGAUAUACAUGAGACUGUACUGAAAAAAUGUCACUUUGUAGCUUGGAGACAUUUCCCCCUUAAUUGGAAAUGUAAAAGUGGGAACAAAGAUUAAAAUACUAAAAGUUGUUGUGUCCUUGGAGGGUAAAAAUCUAAGGAGUACCUGAAACUUAAAAAAAAAAAAAAAAAGGUUGUGUGCUAUUUGGGAUGCAUGGAUGGGAGUAUCAUCUUAUGGUGUAAUUACUUUUCCAGAUGUCCAACAUAGUUUUCUUCCUGUUGUAUGAAAUGUGUGGGACCAUGUACUUCCUGGAAUUAAUUAAUUUUUCUUGAAUGUU